AUGUCGUGCAAGUGCAUCGCAGCCAUGAGUGGUGGAGCUCCUUUGAGCCUGCACACCAUCGAACGUCGUGCAGUGGGCAACAAGGAUGUGAAGAUCACCAUCAAGUACGCCGGCAUCUGCCAUUCGGACAUCCACCAGGCGCGCGAGGAGUGGGGCAAGGGCCUCUUCCCCAUGGUGCCGGGCCACGAGAUCGCUGGAGAAGUGGAAGCCGUGGGCAAGGAUGUCACGAAGUUCAAGGUCGGCGACAAGGUGGGUGUGGGCUGCAUGGUGGACUCCUGCCGCGAUUGUUCCUCCUGCAAGGCGGGCGAUGAGCAAUACUGCGCCACCGGAGCUGUGAUGACGUACAACGGCAAGUCCAAGUACAAGCAUUGCGAGGAAUACAACGAGGAUGGUGGCGCUCCAACCUAUGGCGGCUACUCUCAGUGUGUGGUGGUGGAUGAGAACUACAUUUGCAAAAUCCCCGAUGGUAUGGACAUGGCGGGUGCCGCCCCACUGCUGUGUGCGGGCAUCACCGUGUACUCGCCCAUGAUGUACUUUGGCUUGAAGCCUGGGAUGAAGAUGGCCGUGGCGGGGCUCGGCGGCUUGGGUGCCAUGGCGGUGCUCAUUGGAAAGGCCAUGGGCGCCGAGGUCACCGUGCUCUCGCGCAGCGAGAGCAAACGGGAUGAGGCGCUCAAGGAACUGAAGGCAGUGCCGUGGCGGAAAGAGGUGAGGCACUUGGACUCCCUUUUUUGCGAUGCACCUCCUCCAACCUAUCUCAACACUAUCAGUGCCCUCUACGAGCCCCAGCUCUACUUGGGCAUGUUGGCCAAGCACGGGAAGAUGGUCUUGGUCGGUGCUCCGGCGGAGCCCAUGUUUUUGCAGGCCUUCCAGCUGAUCCCCGGACGUAAGACCAUCUCUGGCUCGCUGAUUGGUGGCAUCCGGGAGACCCAGGAGCCUCCCGAGAUGCUGGACUUCUGCGCGAAGCAUGGGAUCACCUGCCCACACGAAUUGAUCCCCGCGGACCCCGCGAAGGUCAACGAAGCCUACGAGCGGGCGGUGAAGUCUGAUGUGAAGUACAGGUGCGGACGUCGAGUGGCAGGAGAUGCUUGGGGGGUCCUUGGGGGUUCUGUUCUCGUUCCGGGAGACCUUGGCCCAUUCUGA